AUGGUAGCCACCGUGAAUGAAACGACUGGCGGUGGUGAGCUCCCAGAUUUCCUUACUCUGUUCCCCGUCCUUCUAGAGGCGGGCAAUGUGAGUGGCAACGGGUCGCUGCAGUUCAAGAAUUUGUGGUGGGAUUUGGGGCUAGAAUUGCCGGACCGCGCGGGCAGCGGGGAGGGGCUGCGGGUCUUCAUCAUUGUGGUCUACUCAGUGGUUUGCGCGGUGGGGUUGGCCGGCAACCUGUUGGUGCUCUACCUAAUGAAGAGCAAGCAGGGCUGGCGCAAGUCUUCCAUCAACUUCUUUGUCACCAACCUGGCACUGACUGAUUUCCUGUUCGUGCUUACCUUGCCAAUCUGGGCGGUGGAGAGCGCGCUUGACUUCAAAUGGCCCUUUGGCAAGGCCAUGUGUAAGAUUGUGUCCAUCAUGUCGUCCUUAAACAUGUAUGCCAGCGUCUUCUUCCUUACCUCCAUGAGCGUGGCGCGCUACUACUCUGUGGCUUCAGCUCUCAAGAGCCACCGGACCCGAGGGCACCGCCGGGACUCCUGCUGCGGCCGGAGAUUGGAAAGCAGCUGUUGCUUCUCCACCAAGGCGCUGUGCGUUUUGAUCUGGGCCUCGGCCACGCUGGCCUCAUUGCCCAAUGCCAUCUUCGCCUCCACGACCAAGGUGCUAGGCGAAGAGUUGUGCCUGGUGCGCUUCCCGGACCAGCGGCGGCCCGGAGACGGGCAGUUCUGGCUGGGCCUCUACCACACGCAGAAGGUGCUGCUGGGGUUCGUGCUGCCAUUGGGCAUCAUCAGCCUGUGUUACUUGCUGCUGGUGCGCUUCAUCUCCGAUCGCCGCGUGGAGGCGGCCCAGGAAGGGGUCGUGGCGCCGGGCAGAGGCCUGGCUGAAGCCAGCGCCCGGAGACGGUCCAAGGUCACCAAGUCAGUGACCAUUGUGGUCUUGUCCUUCUUUCUGUGUUGGCUGCCCAACCAGAUGGUCACCGCCUGGGGCAUCCUUAUCAAGUUCGACGCCGUGCCCUUCACCAACGAAUACUUCCUCUUCCACCAGUACGCCCACCCUCUGAGCGUGUGCUUGGCUCACUGCAACAGCUGCCUCAACCCGGUCCUCUACUGCCUGGUGCGCCGAGAGUUCCGUAAAGCGCUCAAGAGUCUGCUGUGGCGCAUCGCGUCGCCCUCGCUCACCAGCAUGCGCCCCUUCACAGCCACCACCAAGCCCGAGCCCGAGGAACAGGGGCUGCAAGCUCUGGCACCGAUCCACGCGGCCACGGAGCCCGACCUACUCUAUUACCCGCCGGGCGUUGUGGUCUACAGUGGGGGACGCUGCGACCUGCUGCCCAGCAGCUCCACCUACUAA